AUGCGCUCCCCACCUGCAUUCGUCGGCGGGUAUUGGUGGACUAUCAAGUUCUUCCCUCGUGGAAACAACGUGGGCUCGUUGAGUGCUUACAUUGAAUGCUCAUCCACACCGCCCAAGCCUGACAGCACUCUCCCUGAGACCGAAUUUAAGGUCCUUCGUGGUCCUGCAGACGCGAAGCUAGAUGCCAGUACACCUGAUCUAGACAUGAAGUUUGCCCGGACCGAGGAUCCUGAUGCGUGGAGUGAGGCGUUCAAGUCUCAAUAUCCAGCUGCUGCCAAUGCAUCCGAGGCCGCUACCCCGGAGACCUGGAGAGUGUCUGCGCAAAUCGGAGUCAUUGUGUAUAACCCCGACGAGCCUCGCACUGGUUUCAUGCAGUCCUCCUGUCACCAGUUCAACCCGCACAACCUUGACUGGGGUUGGACGAACUUCCAUGGUCCUUGGGACCAAAUUCAUCGUCGUCAACGAGGCCAACAUCAAGCCCUGUUGCGCAACGACACCUUGGCUUUCGAUGCCUAUAUUCAAAUCUUCGAUGACCCGACACGCUCACUCUGGUGGCAUCCCAGUGAUGCCGAACAAACCUGGGAUAGUCUCGGUCUCACAGGCUAUCGGCCUUUGGGUGAUUCAGUUAUCAAUCACAGCGCGGAUGUUGCUGGGUUGGCGACUUGGCUUCACAUCGCUCCCUUUUGCAAAAUUAUACAGAACGCCAACGUCCUGGAACAUCUUAGCAACUGUGAUGUGAAGCCCAAGCCGUUGUGUGACGCGCUCCAGAAGUUUCUCUGGAAGUUACGUCAGCGGAGCCAGUCACUUGACUUUGUUGAUACGGACAAUAUCACCACUACACUGCGUAACCUGCAUGAGGGCUCCAGCGAUGUGUGCGAGUUUUGGGAAAGAUUGCGUCGGUCAUUGGAGCUAGAACUGGCGGGGACCAACGCCGUCAAAGAGCUCGCUGAGCUAUUUGACAGCCCCUCGCUCGAUUCGCUCCAGCCAGGUGAUACUCAACAGGAUACGAUCCACACAAUUCCGAAGGACUUCAAUUCUCGCAUAUUUGUCCCAGCCGAUCAGGCCAAGACCACGGCCGAGGCAUUCAAUUGGUAUCUAGGUGCGAAGCCAGGGAAGUGGGCAUUACCCCCAGUUCUUCACCUAGAGCUUGGUCGUCAAACUUUGGACAAGGUCGCCCGCCAAUGGCGCCUGCUCUAUAACCGCGUUGACUUGGAUGAAGAGCUUGACCUGUCACAGCACCUCGUCGAAGGGCAGUCUGGGAAGUAUGUCCUCUACGGUUAUAUUGUACACCGUGGCCGACGAACUUCUGGCAAAUUCUUCAGUAUACUCCGUCCAGGUGGCCCUGGCACCAAAUGGUUGGCCUUUGAUGAUGGAAGUGAUAACCGUGUCGAAUGCCUGACCCGAAAGACCGCGCUGGGUCCGCAUCUUGGUCUGGAAGAUACUGAGACACCUGAUCACAAAACUGGGCAUGAUGUGGCCAUCGCCGUCAUGUAUAUUCGCAGCGACGUCGUCAAAGAUUACCUACCCGGCCCUCAAGGGCCCUGGGAAGUCUCCGAAGAGCUGAAAGAGUAUUACGAAACCGGCCGAGUGAGCUUACCGAAGAAAACAGAUGAUGGUAAUGCGGAAGAAGAGGAUGUCCAAGUCGAAGUGUACUCUCUUCAGAAGCACGACCAGCUCCCCAGCUUGUUCGAUACAUAUGACCUAAUGUCGCAGGCCAAAGCAGCGAACAGUGUCAUGUACCUGAGCGUGCCCCGCUCAACGAACCUUGCCGACGUUCGCAAGAAGAUAGCCACUUGGGCAACCGCACGGGCGGAGACUGGCGUGAGCCCUGAGAAUGUCCGUCUCUGGCAAAUUGGACACACUCGCGACCGAUAUGGUCCCACUCUUGCGUUCAUUCGCAUCUCCGAUCUGACGGCUACCCUGGAUAUCCCUCACAAUCCAGUUCGUUACUGGCUACAAAUUGUGUCAGACGCCGAUGCCAAAUACUUCGCUAUGAACGACCCUGCCCCAGUCGUGGUCAACACCAAGCCUGAAGAAGCCGUGGUCGAGCAGGCCGCUUCUGAAACGUCAGAUGAUGCGCAGGUGAUUCCAACCUCGGAGAGUGCUGAGCCCAGCUCAUCCCGUGUCGCGCUCCAGGAACCUCCAAUUGCUGAGUCGACCGAUCCUGCGCCAAUGUCCACGGAGCCAUCCUCGACUCCUAGCUCGAACAACGAAGCUACGGAGAACUCGGCGCAGGCUGUGGUCGAGACAGCACAAAUCGAAGUUCUUCUCGAGUCAGCCGAGUCAGCUGAGGCUACAGUUGUUGUGAGCAAUGCAAUACCGUCUUCUGUCAGCACAGAUACAGCUUCGGCAGUGGAGCCAACCGUUGAGGCUACUGAGAGCCCUACUCAGGCCCCGGAGGUAUCGGCACAGAGCGAGGUUCAAGCAACCUCAGUGCAACAGGAAGCGAUCGCCUCUAGCGAAGAUCGCGCCGUUACAACAGCUACUAACCCUGUUGCUGUCUCGAUUGGGAACUCUGACAACGCGACCGCAGAGGGCGCAUCCGAGGUGCCUGACAAUACAAACUCAUCAGACUCAGCUCCACCUGAUGAGACUGCAUCUGAUGAAAAUGACGCAGUUAUCGCUGCAAUCAUUGCAGGUGACCUUCAACAGUUGGAGGAGGCACAGGAGAAUCAAUCCUCCGAUACCCCUGCGCAAGAGUCAGAGGCUACUCAGACCUCAACAACCGAAGGGCAAAACAACGCUUCUGCCGAGGACAAUGAGCCGGAGGCACCGGUAGAGCCCGAAGUCGUUCUGCCUGUCGAUCACGUCUAUUACUAUAUCCAACUUUUCGACAUAGAAACUCAGACCUUGAAGGUUGUUGGAUCGUUCUUCUCUCAAAAAGAAGAGACAAUCAAAUCCGCUAUCCGGAAGCACCUCGAAUGGCCCGCAACGAAGGACUUCCAAGUCUGGCAGCGUAUCGAUGGCACCACCGUGAUUACCCUUGCUUCUGCAGAGACGUUCGACAUCUCACCCCCAGAUGGGACCUGCUUCAUUGUAGGUGAUAAACUAAACAAAGAGAAGCGCGCCAAGCUCAACGAGGCCGGUCUCUUUGCCAAUCCCGAUCCGCUGGUUCGUUACAUUUGGGCUGCAUCUCGGAACCAUCCAGUGCAAGCCUUCACAGGGACAAAGACCAUCGAUGCCACCUUCACCAGCGAUUACUACAGCGGCGAAAUUAUGAAGGGGUACUACCACGGCAAGGGCAAGCACAUUUCAGACAAUGCUGCCACGUACACCGGCGACUAUGUUUUCAGCAAGAAGCACGGAAAGGGUCUAAUGGAGUACCCGAUCGGAGACACAUACGAUGGUGACUGGUUCGAGAAUCAAUGCCACGGUCAGGGAACCUUCAUCGAGCGCAAGACCGGCAACAAGUACGUCGGUGGCUACAAGGAUGGCAAGCGCCACGGCAAGGGUAUCAGUUACUGGGAAGUCGCGGAUGAAGAGAUGGACCUAUGCCAGAUCUGCUUCGGCGAAGAGCAAGAUGCCUUGUUCUACGACUGCGGACACGUGUGCGCUUGCGUUACCUGCGCCCGACAAGUCGACAUUUGCCCCAUUUGCAGAAAGAACAUUCUCAACGUUGUGAAGAUCUUCCGCACAUAA